CAGCUGCUGAGUUGCUCAGACAUGGCGGAGGAUGCAGUGUAACUGGGGCUCAUCGGCGGAGUUACGUGAGUUUUCCCAGCAGUUGCGUCGUCAAAGGGCGCCUUACACGAUACACGAGAGGAGGACGAUGUGUUGGGCUUCAGCGGGGCUCCGAGAGGAAGCAGACAACGACCUGAACUUGCCACACACGAGUAAGAUGGAAACAUGUAUCGCUGUUUAGUGCAGUCAACAGCCUUGGGCAACAAAUAUGGCUUCUUGUGCCUUUUCCAAUACGCUAUAAAAAAAGGAUCUCCCGUGCAACGUAAUGGCGUGGUGGCUCCGGAGUUAAGUUGAACAGUCGCUCGGUACUUUCCAUCGGGGAAGGAUAUUGCAUCCACUUGGUCGUCCGGGUUAGCUGGGGAAGCUACGGAACUACAGCGGAUAGCCAUGGAGCCAAAGCACAAAGAGUUGCUCGACCAGUGCCACCAGAACUUAUUGGAGUCCAUAACCGACGCGGAUCGAGUUAUCGAGCUGCUCAUAGUUUCCGGCACCUUGAGCCAACUCGAUAGGUUCGAGCUGGACCAGAACUGCUCGUCCAGUGCCGAGAAAGUGGACCACCUUUUGAAGAUGCUGAUGAACAAGGAGAGCGACCAUUUCCCCGACCUGUGUGUGGCCCUGGAGAAGGCUUACCCUGACCUGUACGCUGCCCUGCUCGGCAGCAGCGGUGGCGGCAACGGCGGCGGACCCGUGGACCACUCCACCGGUUCCACAUACAGUGUUCUCUCCACUAUGCCUUCUGACUCAGAAAGCAGCAGCUCCCUCAGUAGUGUUGGUUCGCCCGUUAACGGUGAAGCAUCUUCCCCACCCCCUGCCAUCAACGACAACCGGCCAUCCGGUGACAACCUGGACACCAUCUUGUUCCAGCUCCGCCAGGUGACCAGGGAGAGGGAUGAGCUCCGCAAGCGUCUCGCGUUGGCAUCGCCCGGGACCACCUUCGACGACUGCAGGCCAAAUUCCAAAGCCAGCCAUGACUAUGAGCGUCUGAAGAGUCAGUGCACGAGAGCCAUGGCAGAUCUGCAGUCUCUCCAGAACCAGCACACCAAAACACUAAAGAGGUGCGAGGAGACUGUGAAAGAGGCCGACUUCUACCACAUGCUGCACAGCCGCGUCCUGAGCGAACAGACACAGCUGAAGGAGGAGAUGGAGACAUUCAGGAGGGACAACGGACAACUUGUCCGAGAGCACAACCACCUAAAACAGAACUGCGAGGAGCUGAAACGACUGCACAGUCAGGACCAGAAGGAGUUAGCAGAACUCCGACUGCAGCAACAGCAGGUAAUGAGAGAGAAGGGCUCAUCAGAGGUGUUGAACAAACUGUAUGACACGGCCAUGGACAAGCUGGAGGGCGUAAAGAAGGAGUACGAUGCCCUGAGCAAGCGCUACAGUGAGAAGGUGGCUAACCAUAACACAGACCUGAGCCGCCUGGAGCAGGCAGAGGAGGAGAACCGGAGGCUACAGAAACAGAUGGACGCGUUACUCAAACAGCGAGACUCGGCCAUGCACUACCAGCAACAGUACUCUACCUCAAUAAGGAGGUUUGAUUCCAUGCAGCAGGAGCUGAACAAGUCCUCCGCUCAGAACAAAGAGCUGCAGCGAGAGAUGGAGCGCCUGCAGUCGGAGGUGACGCGCUACAAGAACUUGCAGCUGAAGGCCACCAAGGACUGCGAGAAGUUCAAGGAGGAGAGGGACUCCGUGUUCAAUGAGUAUCGCCUCAUCAUGAGCGAGAGGGACCAGGUGAUCAAGGAGCUGGACAAGUUGCAGACGGAGCUGGAGGCAGCCGAGGCCAGACUGAAAAACACCUCUUCAGAGAGGGUAGUGGCCAGUGAAGAGCUGGAGGCUUUCAGACAGGAGUUGAACUCGUCCCUGGUGGACCGCGACAGGGCCAUCUGCGAGAGGAACGAGCUGCUGGAGAAGUACUGCCACGAGGUGAAAGACAAGGCCGAGGCUCAGAAAGAGCUGAGUCAGGCCUGCAAGGACAUCGAGAUGGUCCGGGAGGAGAGGGACGUGGCCCGCAAAGAGAGGACGGAGGCCAUCGUUCAAAGGGAUCAGUUGCUCCGAGAGUACUACCAGGCCAGACAGAAACAAGACUCGGCCACCCUGGAUAUGGAACGAGCCAACAAGGAGAUCGAGAUGCUGAGGAAACAGUAUGAGGCCAUGUCCCAGGAACUGAAGGAGGCCACACAGGAGGCUGAAGUGGCCAAAUGUCGACGGGACUGGGCCUUUCAGGAGAGGGAUAAGAUUGUGGCAGAGAGGGAGAGCAUACGGACUCUGUGUGAUAACCUACGACGGGAGAGGGACCGGGCAGUCAGCGAUCUGGCUGAUGCCCUCCGUAAUCUGGAUGACAUGAGGAAACAGAAGAACGAUGCGCUGCGAGAAAUCAAAGAACUCAAGGAGAAGAUGGAGAGCCAGCUGGAAAAAGAGGCCCGGUUCUGUCAGCUAAUGGCUCACAGCUCUCACGACUCAGCCAUCGACACAGACUCCCUGGAGUGGGAGACAGAGGUGGUGGAGUUUGAGAAAAACAGGGACGACAUGGAUUUGAAGGCACUUGGGUUUGAUAUCGCAGAGGGGGUAAACGAUCCGUAUUUACCAGGAGAUUGUGGAAUAUUUGUUACGAGGGUGGACAAAGGAAGUAUUGCAGAUGGAAGGUUAAGAGUGAAUGAUUGGUUGUUGAAGAUCAAUGACAUGGACCUGACUAAUAAGGACAGGAAGCAGGUGGUGAAGGCUGUCCUUAAUGGUGGCGGAUUGAUCAACAUGGUGGUACGAAGAAGGAAGUCUCUGGGAGGAAGGCUCGUCACUCCUAUCCACAUCAACCUCGUGGGACACAAAGACAGUGGCAUUGGUCUGGAGAGCGGCGUCUUCGUCACUGCACUUGUCCAGGGGAGUCCAGCAGCCAGGGAAGGCUCUCUCACAGUUGGAGACAGACUGAUUGCUAUCAACGGCAUCGCUCUGGAUAACAAAUCUGUGACCGAGUGUGAGGCUCUGUUGAGGAGCUGCAGGGACUCUCUUAGCCUCUCUCUCAUGAAGUUCUUCCCUCACAGCACAUCAGGCCUGAACAUCUUUGAAAGUCUGCGCGAGUCAUCAGAGAAGUCCAAUGGGCGCAUUAACCUGUCUGAGAUUCACUCCCGGAACAGCCGCAACCUCAAACACAACAGCUCGACACAGACUGACAUCUUUUGCCCGGUUGUCGGAACCACCAGCACAAGUAGCAUCUCUGGGGAGAGGAGGAAGCUCAGAGGCGAAUCUGAUGAGGUGUACAGCAACAUCAGCAAGCCGUUCUCCACAGGUUCCCUCCAUGCCACUAGCCUUAGGCCGGCCUCUGACUUGGGCACUGGCCGCUAUGGGCCCAGUGCUUUCCAAGAGUGUCGUUCCUCUUUGCCCUUUGACCCUGUCUCUGCCUCAGACUGCAUCACAAUGGAGACAACUCUGGAGAAGAAGCACAGUGGGGGCACGUGGCCCAAGAUGAUAGUGGGAUGUAUGUCGGUUGCGCCAGAUAAUGCCAGCCCACUGAUGGCAGCAACCCAGCUCUCCAUCUACAAAUCGCCGAAGCAGAGGAAGUCGAUCUUUGACCCAGACACUUUCAAACGGCCGGAAACACCUUCCUCUAAGAUGGAGUACAUGGCAGCCAAUCAGAUUGCAGCAUUAGCCGCUGCCGCUGCUGCUGCUGCAGUUGCAGCUUCCAACUUCCCAAAGCCUUUGAAGACAGAGUCCCUGUCCUCCUCGUCCACCCCUACACCUCCAACCCCACCCACUCGCAGUGACUCCUUUAAGUUCAAACAUAAACAUCAAAGCAGCUCUGCCUCUGACUGCACGAUCACCUCGGACGGCAAGGGAGAGGCUGCCAUCUCCAUGGCAGCAGGAGAGAGGAGCGAGCGAGAAAGAGACAGGAAUGGAAACCACUAUUUUCUGGACGGCAAGGUCCUGACCUCGAGGAAGUCAUGUGAUGAGGACAUUGGCCGAACCAGAGGGGAGGAGCCAGAGGUGAAGAGGCCACGCCCCAAAUCGGCCCCGGCCCUUCGACGUAGGAUGACCCCGCAGACUAUCACUCUUCCCUCCUUCCAUAGCUACUCUAACGAUGAGCAUUCACCAGAGCCCAGGGACAUGCUACGUUCUUCCCCCAGCCGCUCCCAUAGGCACAGCGUUGGCUUCGUUCCCACAGUCUACAAUGGCACCCUACCCCCUAAUUCAACCCACCGGGGUCUGUCUCCUUGCCCCGCUGUGACGGCCGUGAUGAGGAAUCCAGUGUACACGGUGCGCAGUCACCGCGUUCAUACCAGCAACUGUCCAUCUGUCGCUUCCCAGAUAUGUCACCAGCACACACACACCAGCCCACAACACCAGGGUCAUCUGAGCCUGGACCUGAGCCAGCCGAAGCGUGCGAUUGACUACCCCGAAUCAUCGUCACGCAGCAGCAGAGCUUCACACGGUACAAACUCACUGCCAUCCAGCGCACGACUCGGUUCUUCCAAUAAUGUCCAGUACCGCACAGAGAGGAUCAAAAUACCUUCCACUCCCCGAUACCCCCGCUCCAUGCUGGGGUCAGACAGAGGCUCCCUCUCACACUCCGAGUGUAGCAGUCCCAGUCUCAUCACACCUCCUCAAUCACCCCUCAAUCUGGAGACUUCCUCAUUUGCCAGCAGCCAAUCGCAAGGCUCCAUUUCCACUUUACCUCGGAUCUCAGUCAGCCCUGGGCCGAUAGGGGAGCGCAGGAAAGACAGGCCAUACUUGGAGGAACCACGUAAUGUCAUUGUGCACAAAGGCGCGGAGCCUCUGGGCAUCUCCAUCGUCAGUGGGGAGAACGGAGGGAUCUUUGUCUCUAAAGUUACUGGAGGUAGCAUCGCCCACCAGGCAGGAUUGGAGUAUGGAGACCAAUUACUGGAGUUUAAUGGCAUCAACUUACGGAACGCCACGGAGCAGCAAGCUCGUCUCAUCAUCGGCCAGCAGUGUGACACCAUCACCAUUAUGGCCCAGUACAACCCACACAUGUACCAGCUGGGCAACCACUCUCGCUCGAGCUCCCGUCUGGAGCCAGUCGGUACUCAGUGGACUCCCCAGGGGAGUGGAGCCGCCACCCCCGACAAUCACUCCACCAUCGAUACACUCAGCGAACAGGACGAGGGAACGCUGACUCCUUCAUCCAAGCAGACCACACCCACGACCAGUCCACACAAUUUUAUCAGAAUGCCGUCUGAGCGCGGCAGGAUGGCGGAUGAGCCACGGCUUGUGACGGUGCGCAGGCCCGGGGUGGAGGUGGGGGUCACUCUCUGCGGAGGGAACCUACGGGGCGUCUACAUCGAGAGGCUGGAUGAGGACAGUCCUGCCAGAGGGCCUCAUGGGCUGCUUCCUGGGGACCUCAUUCAGGAGUACAACUCGGUGAAUAUGAAGAACAAGACUGCAGAGGAGGUGUACGUCGAGAUGCUGAAGCCUGCAGAGACGGUCACAUUUAAGGUUCAGCAUCGUCCAGAUGACUUCAGCACGCUCAAGGAUGUUCCAGGAGACGGCUUUUAUAUUCGAGCACUUUACGACCGCGUGGGGGAGGCCGAGGGGGACCUCAGUUUCAAGAAGGAUGACAUCUUGUACGUGGAUGAGUCUUUACCAAAGGGCAGCUUUGGGACGUGGAUCGCCUGGCAGCUAGAUGAGAACGCGCAGCAGAUCCAGAGGGGGCAGAUCCCCAGCAAGUACAUGAUGGACCAAGAGUUUUACCGCAGACACAGUGUGACAGAAAUGAAGGAAGACUCCAGUAAGACUCAAUCUGCAGCGGCCCGCAGAUCCUUCUUCAGGCGGAAACAGAAACACAAACGCAGCAGCUCCAAAGACAGCAAAGAAAUGGUGGCUCUGGACGCCAUCAGCACCGACUCCAUCCCUUUCCUAGAUGACUGUGUGAGCCUGGCUUACCAGCGGGUCCAGAAGGUGGAGUGCGCCUCUCCCCGACCGGUGCUCAUCAUCGGGCCGCUCACUGACGCCGUCAAGGAGAUGCUGGUCAAAGAGUCUCCUGGGAAGUUCUGCAGAUGUAUACUGGAGGUGAUGAAGGCCUCCCAGCAAGCCAUCGAGCGGGGCGUCAAAGACUGCCUCUUCAUUGACUACAAGCGCAGGAGUGGCCAUUUUGAUGUGACCACCGUUGCUUCUAUAAAGGAAAUAACCGAAAAGGGCUGUCACUGUUUGCUCGACAUUGCCCCGCACGCCAUCGAAAGGCUCCACAGCGUUCACCUUUAUCCAAUUGUUGUCUUCGUCCGCUACAAAAACGCAAAGCAAAUAAAAAAAGAUUUCUCUCCCAAGACCCUCACUGGCAAAAUAAGUAACAGGGAGCAGAAGGAUCCGGUUUAUCUGUGGGACAAAGUAUCUCAAAAACAUUCCAAGGAGCAAUUUGAAAGUGCGCAGAAGAUCGAGCAAGAGUACAGCAAAUUCUUCACAGGUAUUGUCCAAGGCGGAACCCUCCCUUACAUUUGCACUCAGAUCAUAACUAUCGUUGAUCAGGAACAAAGUAAAGUCCUGUGGACUCCACUCGGCGGCCCCUAGAGGAAACCAGCUGCCACUACAGCAAACUGGCUUUCAUCUCCAUUCCCCAAACACUGAUUAACCCCUUCACAUUUUACCAAUAGGUACCCUACAGUGAGCUAGUUAUGUAAAUUAUUGAUAUUUUUUUAUUUUGUCUGUCUUGAUUGAUAGCGUGCUCUGGAGCUGGUUAGUAGCACUGGAUCUCAACGUUAAAAGUUCAGUCAGUCUUCCCGAAGGGUUUCUGGUGGUGUAUUUGUAAUGCUGCAUUCUAAGCGUCCGUUUACAGUCAAAAGACGAGUCUGACUAUUGGUGUUCAAUAUUUUCUUGAAUGCGUGUCCCUCCCCCCUGUGUACACGAACCUCAACACGAAUGAAGUUCAGCCACCCCCUGACCCUUCCAUGUACCAAAUGACAGUUAUGGUUUCCCUACAAUUAUGCACCCAUUUUGACAACGACUUGACAACUAAUUGUGUGUGUGAGUGAGAGAGUGAGAAAACAUUGUUCACAAUUGUAAUGACAAUUUAAGUUGCAUCAUGGUUGUUUGCUCGAAUGAAUACGACGCUAUAGAAAUGGAAUGCCAGGAUCAGACAUCACAUUCCUCGUGGUGUUUCAUCACCAAAGUGCAAAAGCAUCAAACCUCCUGAAGUAUGUAGCUGUGGCCUCACUGAACCGGACUGCCAGCGGUGACGGCCAUGAAAACUCCAAACGCAUCGAUGUUUGCUCUAUGCAUUGUGUUUCUAUAGCAACUGGGUGUGCGGACAGUUUAUGGGCCUUUCGGAAGUGCCUUUGGAGAACAACACUGAUCUGAAACCAUCCCCAGGUCACGUAGCCAGAACACUAAGAGGACAUUAUGAAGCUUCUCUUCCAGAUUCAAUGCAUCAUUUCACCCACGGCGCACUAGAUGAUUUCGGGGCUGGUUUUAGACCAGUACAGCGGAGAGCGCAUGACGAUGGUGAGGUUUUGAGGGGAGGCCAAAGCGGCGGCCAACGGGUUAACUCGGAAUGCACUCCAGGGCUAGACAGACCACUGUGUAACUAUCAUUCUAUCUCUUUUAACAUAUUUAACCACAAUAUAGAGUAUAACAUAUACAGUAUGCAGAUACAUCUGGAAAAAAGAAACAAAUAUAUAUGAAUAUAUAUUACAUGUAUUUUUACUAGGUCACGCCCCUAGGAACGUCUGGCGGUCAAGUCAUGUCUUAGCAGGUAUUAGCAUGUUUUUUAAAGAAUUUAUUUUUGUUUUCUGUGGUUGGUCAUCAGUCACUUAUCGCAUACUCAUUAAAAGAGACACUAUGAAGCAAAAUGUGCAGGGUAAUAUCUAAAAGGAUUUUCCUCUGAUCUGUUUAAAUGUUAGUGACUUUUCUUUGUUAUUUAAUUGUAUUUUUUUUUCAGGAGGCAAAGAAUAUUGACACAUAUUCUGCCCUUCCUCAAAAGCAUAUCCUGUAUCUUAUUGUGCCAAAAUCCACUAAGGCAACUUUAUCCUUAUAUUUCUGUUUUGCACUUGUUUAUCUGUUAACCUUAAACAUGUAACUGUUCCUAGGUUUCCAGUAGACUACAAAUAGGUACUAUGAUUUCUUCUGUAACUAAUUCACGUUUGUAUCUGUCACAUCAGUUCCUUACAUUUCAUUGAUGGCCUUUUGUUCUUAAUUGGAAAAAAAGGAUUACUUCUUAUUUGAAUUAUUAAAAAGGGAUCUAUUCUUGCACAGUUUUUCAAUGGAAAAUUGGUCUACAAGUUUGACUAUUGGGCUGAAAGUCAGCAGAAGCCACCUGUAAUGUUACUAUUUUGUAGUAGAUAGCAUAUGGUAGAGCGGGAUACAACGUGACAUUGUUGUAUUUUUAGAAAAAGUCUACUGUAGAAGCCAGGUACUGAUGAACUUUUCUUUUAUUCAAAGGAAUGUGAUUUGUAUUUUGAGACAUUAACAUGAGAAUAAAACUAAUUCUCUGUAUCACGA